GAUGAUGAUAUGGACAAAAAAACCAUCCUAGAAGAACUUCUUCUCAAGAGGUCACAACAAAAGAAGAAAAUGUCACCAAACAAUUACAAAGAAAGACUUUUUGUCCUUACAAAAACAAACCUCUCCUACUAUGAUUAUGAUAAGGUGAAAAGAGGCAGCAAGAAAGGAUCAAUUGAUAUUAAGAAAAUCCGGUGUGUUGAAAGAGUGAAUCUUGAGGAACAAACCCCUGUGGAGAGACAAUAUCCAUUUCAGAUUGUUUAUAAAGAUGGACUUCUCUAUGUCUAUGCAUCAAAUGAAGAGAGCCGAAGCCAGUGGCUAAAAGCCCUACAGAAAGAAAUAAGGGGGAACCCCCAACUGCUCAUAAAGUACCACAGUGGAUUCUUCACGGAUGGCAAGUUCCUUUGUUGCCAGCAGAGCUGUAAGGCGGCUCCUGGAUGCACGCUCUGGGAGGAAUAUGCAAAUCUUCAUGUGGAAAGCAUCCCUGUGAAACCAGUACUUUAUCCCAUCAUCCCCCAUAGAUUGCUGAAGAUCCCACGAGCUGUUGCUACCUUCCCACCUCCUGAAUCAUUCCCAAAGUCCACUACGGAAGAGUUUGAUUCAGAGAAUAGAAGAAAUGAAAGUUCUGAGAUGCGUGCAAAUACACGAGGUGAAAAUGCUGUGUCUGGGAUUCGACUAAAAAAGCAUGUAAAAAUUCCAAUGAUUCCAUGGGGGGACCCAGGAUCAAGUUCAUCUGAAGAAGAAGAAAGCCUGAAUAGCUAUGACUGGUUUGCAGGUGAUAUCUCAAGAGCCCAGUCUGAACAGUUACUGAGACAAAAGGGAAAAGAGGGGGCAUUUAUGGUUCGAAAUUCAAGCCAAGCAGGACGGUACACAGUGUCCUUAUUUAGUAUGGCUUUAAAUGAUAAAAAAGGAACUGUAAAACAUUAUCACGUGCACACAAAUGCUGAAAACAAAUUGUACUUAGCAGAGAAUUACUGUUUUGAUUCAAUCCCUAAGCUUAUUCAUUAUCAUCAACAUAAUUCAGCAGGCAUGAUCACAAGGCUUCGACAUCCAGUGUCCACCAAAGUCAAUAAGGUCCCAUUCACAGCAUCCUUGGGAAGUGGAAUUUGGGAGCUGAAGCGAGAAGAGAUAACUCUUUUGGAAGAAUUGGGUUAUGGACAAUUCGGCGUGGUGCGUCUGGGAAAAUGGAAGGGGAAGUAUGAUGUUGCCAUUAAAAUGAUUAAGGAAGGUUCCAUGUCUGAAGAUGAAUUUAUACAAGAGGCUCAGACUAUGAUGAAACUCAACCACCCCAAGCUGGUCAAAUUCUAUGGUGUGUGCACCAAGAUGUACCCCAUCUACAUAGUGACCGAGUAUAUCACAAAUGGCUGUUUGCUAAGUUACCUGAAACAUCAUGGGAAAGAACUCCAGCCCUUCCAACUUCUGGAAAUGUGUUAUAAUGUUUGUGAAGCAAUGGCCUUCUUAGAGAGCCACCAGUUCAUACACCGAGACUUAGCUGCUAGGAACUGCUUGGUUGACAGUGACCUUUCAGUGAAAGUAUCUGACUUUGGAAUGACCAGAUAUGUCCUCGAUGAUCAAUAUGUCAGCUCAAUAGGAACAAAGUUUCCCAUCAAGUGGUCAGCACCAGAAGUCUUUCAUUACUCCAAAUAUAGUAGCAAGUCUGACGUAUGGGCCUUCGGAAUCCUGAUGUGGGAGGUAUUCAGUUUGGGAAAGCAACCUUAUGAACUCUAUGAUAAUAGGCAGGUGGUGACAAAGGUUUCCCAAGGUUAUCGGCUGUAUCGACCACAGCUAGCUUCGGACAACAUCUACCAAAUAAUGUACAGCUGCUGGCAUGAGCUUCCAGAAAAACGUCCCACAUUUCAUCAACUCCUAUCUUCCAUUGAUACACUCCGGGAAGAUGACAAGCCUUGAAAAAUGGAAAUAGAAGACAUAUGUAGAAUGAAUGUACAUUUUGGCAAACAUCUUCAUUCUUUUUAAGAGAAGUAGAAAGGAAUGAGCUCUCUGUAGUUUAGACCCUUCUACUCACUGUUAUCUCAUUUACUGAUUGAACUUUAUAACAUGGAGGAUUGAACAAAACAAGGAAGGAAAGUUUCCAGAGAUUUAUUUUUGCCAUCUGACUAUCAUUGGCUGAUAUUAUCCUAA